AUGUUUGCAGUAGGAGUAUACGCCAAGGCGUCGGCGUCUUGGUUGCGUCUGGGGUCGGGUGCGUGCUCACGACGGCGACGGAGGACGAUCGGGGCUUGGUGCCGUCGACCUUUUCACGGCGUCGAGAGUCAAGCCUCGUCUAGCGGCCUGCAGGCCUCGCAGCUGCUUCGAAUGCAGGUCGUUGCAGCGCCUGCGGUGCAGAAUCCAGCACCCCAGUUCGAAGUGGGAAGCGACGGGUUCCUGUACUGCGAGGAGGUGCGCGUGAAGGACAUUCAAGACGCCCUGGGACCUGAGGCAUCGCCAUUCUACCUCUACUCGCAGAGCCGCAUUGAGGCGAACGUGCGAGCGUACCAGGAAGCGCUGGCAGGUAUGGAUGCCAUCAUCGGCUACGCUGUCAAGGCCAACAACAACUUGAUGAUUAUGCAGCUUGUGCGUGAACGCGGAUGUGGGGCAGUUCUGGUGAGUGGCAACGAACUGCGCCUAGCGCGACUCGCCGGCUUCGAUAUGCGACGCACGGUCUUCAACGGAAACGGGAAAACGCCUCAGGAAAUCGCCCUUGCCGUUCGAGCAGAGUGUCUCAUCAACGUCGACUCGGAGUUCGAUCUCGAGAAUAUUUUAGCGGCGGCGAAGCGCGAAGGACGCAAGGCACGCGUCCUGCUCCGCAUCAACCCUGACAUCGAUCCCCAGGUGCAUCCGUAUGUGAGCACUGGGCUUGCAACGAGCAAGUUUGGUAUUCGCACCGAUCAACUGCGCUGGUUUCUGGAUCGAAUCAGACAAAAUGAAGCACAGGUCGAGCUGGUCGGUGUCCAUUCGCAUCUGGGGUCCACCAUCAAAAAAGUGGAACUUUUUCACGACAAUGUUGUGACCAUGCUUCAAGUGAUCGACGAAAUCAGUGCACGUGGUUUCCACAGUAUUCGCUUCCUGAAUAUCGGUGGUGGUCUCGGGAUCGAUUAUGAGCGGAAAGGCGAACGCAUCCCGACCCCGCAGGAGCUCAUCGAUGCGAUUCGGCCGUGUUUAGCGGGACGCGACCUAACCCUCAUCAUUGAGCCGGGGCGUUCCCUCAUUGGGAAUGCCGGCAUCCUGGUGUGUAGGGUCAUUGGAGUCAAACGGAAUGGCGAUAAGCGCUUCAUCGUCGUCGACGGAUCGAUGGCGGAGCUGAUUCGACCAGCGCUGUACGGAGCGUACCAGUUGAUCACCCUGACUGAGCCCGGAGUAGCCGGCGAGCAAAUGGCGACAUACGACAUCGUGGGGCCAGUCUGCGAAUCGAGUGAUUUCUUGGGAAAAGCGCGGGUGCUUCCGCUACCCGCACCCGGCACGGGUCUCGCUGUAAUGGACAGCGGAGCAUACUGCAUGUCCAUGGCGAGCAACUACAAUAUGAAGGUGCUACCGGGCGAGCUCAUGGUUCAGGGUAAUCGUUGGCGCAUCAUUCGGCAGCGGCAACGCUUCGCGGAUUUGUUGAGCGGGUACAGAGAUCUCGUGGCGUUGCCGGACGACGACCUAGAGGACUCUGCAACGUUUUAG